AUGGAAUCCAGUGGAGACCCCCUCGCUACGAAACCCAAGACCCCUCUGUGGCCUCGCCCAUCUCCAAAAAACGUUUCUUCUCUUCCCGAUGCGACGCAAGAGGCCACAAAUGAAGAGGCUCCUAGCCCAAUAGCAAAGGAGCAUCUAGUUCUAGACGCUGGCGCCUUUAUUCGCUUGAAGCAGCUUCAUCUUUUUGGGUUCGAGACUCUUCAUGUAACGCCGGGUGUCGCUGCCGAAAUUCGCGAUCGCGCCGCUCGUCAGAAUCUCAAUUUGAUGGUGACUGUCCCAAAAAUUUCAACUCCAACAGAAGAAGAUCUUGCGUUUGUUACGCGUUUUUCGCAGCAAACGGGGGAUCUAGGAUUUCUGUCUCGUACUGAUUUGGAAUUAAUAGCAUUAACGUACAUGUUGCAGCGAAUGACGGGCGACGUUGCGAGUCUGAAAUCGAAGCCAGAAAGUACCUUGCAAAUAGCGAGAAAUUGUGUUGUUGAGCCUCCGAUGAAUUCGUGGGGAUUAGGGAAGGAUAAAAACGACGAGGGUGAACACACCGAUGAUGAUGACGAAGGUGAUGAAGAUGAUGAUGAUGAUGGUGAAUGGAUUUGUGAGGACAAUUUUGAUGAGUAG